CAGCUCGUCGCUGGUUGCCCACCGCCUCAUCUCGAUCUGCCGGCCCUCUGCCCCUCUCCCCAGCCCGAUCGACCAGCACCAGCAGCACCAUGAGUCGACAGCCCCCGCAGCCGUCGUGGUCGCCCCCGCCCCUGGCCAUGCCCGUAGCCCAGCACACGAGCAAGUUCAAGGGCUCGCUUUCGGGCACUCCGUCGCCGAGGCUCCAGAACACCACCCCGCCCCAGGGCUAUGCAGCCUCGUCGUCGGGCCAGCAGCCAUCGCUUCAUCAGCGCCACGGCCAGGGGCAGACCUACCAUCACCACACCCAACAGCAACAGGAACAGCAACAACAUCAACAGCAUCAACAGCAGUACCAGGCCUCGGGCUACCAGGGAGGCUACCAGGCGCAGGGAUACCACUCCUAUCCCGAUGCCUACCAGAGCCAGCCCUCCUCGGGCUACUACGCUGCCGAGCCGUCAUCCCCAGACACCAGCAACCCUUUUGCAUACAGCCAGUCUACCCAGCAAGCUAGUGCGCCUUCGACCUUCUCUGGCGGCUACCAACGUGUUGACCAUCAAUCGCAGUCGCAGCAACAGCACCAGCAUCAGCCCCAGGCCUCCUUCUUCUCGACCGACAGCUUUUUCCCGGACAACCCAACAGCCCAAAUCGGCGUUCAGUUUGGAAAGAGCGCCCUGGAGCACGGCUCCAAGGUCGUCAGCCAGAACAUCAACCGCUAUGUCAAUGUCAGCCAAAUGAAAUACUACUGGGAUGUGAGCAACACAUACGUCUUGCAGAAGCUCAGCAUCCUCGUCUUUCCUUUUCGCCACAAGUCCUGGGCCCGCCAGAGAAUUACGGAUGGACAGACCGAGGCCUUCCAGACACCCCGCUACGACGUCAACGCGCCCGAUCUCUAUAUCCCAGUCAUGUCCUUCGUGACCUACAUUCUGCUUGCGUACAUUCAUCUCGGGACCGGCACCAACAGCAAAGACUUCUCGCCCGAUCUUCUUGGACGAACUGCCACAAGCGCACUUUCCACUAUUGGCGCCGAGAUCGUUUUCAUCAAGUUGGGCUGCUACUUCCUCAAUAUACUCGCCGAAACACCGCUGUUGGAUCUGACCUCCUAUUGCGGCUACAAAUUUGUCAGCUUGAUCAUCGUACAGCUCGUCAAGUUUGCGCUGCCUGGAUGGAUUGUCUACAGCAUCUUUACAUACCUCAUGAUAUGUUUUGGCUUCUUCACGCUCCGAAGCAUGAAGGGCAUGCUGCUCCCCGAUGCCAGCACCGGUACAGUGGCCAGUGCGGCCAAGCAGCGCCGAUACUAUUUUCUGUUCGCCGUUGCGCUUGUCCAGAUCCUGAUGUCACUCAUACUCAUCCGUUGAGCGGUCCCGGGAUCGGCUAGUUGCCUGACUAGUUGCCUGACUAGUUGCCUGGCUAGUUGGUCUGUGGGUUGGUCAGUCGGCGGCAGGCAGGAGCCGGAUGUGGUUAGAGAAUGUCCGCUGACGAUGAGCCGAUCAAAUCAAAAUGGCCAUGCAGCCGCGCUUGCUUGACCGUCCAAA